AUGCUUCUACUUUCUGAUCGUUGUCGUGUCAUAGCUCAAUCAACAACACUCUCACCCAGUUUAACGUUGGCAACAUGCAAUUCAACUCUUUGUAAAUCGUCAUCUUUGCCCUGUUCUUCGAAUCUUGAAUGUGAAUGUUUUUCAUUGGUUAAUACUGUUAAUGGAACUAUGUCAGGCAUUUGUGCUUUUGCCACUCUUCCCUGCAUUUCAAUGGUUCGAUGUAAUUCAGAUAAUGCUACAUGUUCAAUUGCGCAAACAAUUUGUGUUAACAGUACACGAUGUGAACAACCUGUUUGUUAUCCAAUGGCAUUGGCUAAUAUUCAAAUAUGUCCUCCCUCAGCUGGUCCGACUAGUACAACAACAACUUCUAGAAGUAAAGAGUUUGGACUUUGUCUUGAGAAAAUCUGCAUGUUCUAUUCCGUUUGA